AUGAAAAGCUCAAGAAUUCCAAAACGGAUACUUUUGGACAAUAGAAAAAUUGAACCCGAUUUGAGACCACAGUGGUCGGUUUCCGGUAGGAGCCCAACUUUUUUGAUUAUAAAAAAAUUAGAUAGAGAGACAAAAAAGAAAAUUCACCAGGUUGGUCAAUUACCUUUGUAUUUGCGGAAGAAAAAAGCAUCCUCUGCAAAAUGGGGUACAUUUCAAGAGUUGAACAAAGAUGACCCUGCUGAAGACACAGCGCCAGAACCGGAAGAACAGAAGCUGGAUGUUCCGCAAACAGAUUUAAAAUGCGAAACAUUCGCUGAGGAACAGAACAAAGAUUCGACAUCCGCCGAAGAACUGUGCAAUUGUGGACACCAAGCUGAGCAGGUUGUAGCCACCUCAUCUGAAAUCAGACGAAAUCCAACGGAUGAGUCACAAAGUGGUGCAAAUAUGGAGAACAUAACGCAGAGCAAACAUGUCGAUGCAGCAGCAGAUAAAUGCAUUGAAGAAUUUAGCAAUAGCGAGCAGCAAAUCGAAUCGUUGCUUUCGCUGAUUGAUGAAAUCAACAGAGAAAAUCAAAUGCUCAGAGAACAGCAAAACAUAGAAUUACAGCCCCUUUUGGAUACCCUGAAGUCAUGCGAAAGUUUGCAGAUGUAUAGUAAACAAUUAAAGGAUCCGAAACAUCUCGCCAGGGAAGAGCUAAAACAAAACAUGCUUUAUACGUUAAAUCAUCUGGAGUUUCAAAGCAUUCGAAACAAGAAAACAAUUUCCGAACUAAGGGUCUAUCAUAAACUGUAUAGAGGACAAAUUAAUGAACUGCACGCAUCUAUUCACCAAUACCAUACAAUACCCCGUUGUGCAAGACUCUACACGCAAAGGCCUCGUACUGCGCUAAUACCAGAACGACUAGUUCAUCAGGAACUCCCUUGCGUCUCAGAGCCAGUGGUUGCCGUGGUUAAGGCGGUCGAAAGCUUUCUCAUAAUCGAUAAACACCAGGAAGAGGAACUCCUGGAAUUCAUUGAUCUGCUCGAUAAUGAUGCGCAGCGUAGCAAUGUGGUCGUUAUUGGCUCUACCAGCUCUAAAUACCACCUGCUGCCGUCAGAGUGUCACAUCUAG